AAUAUUUUAGAGGUCUUUGUAAUCGAUGAUCGAUGCCUUCUGCUUCUGUGUGCUUAUGCAAAAGAAAAUAUUCAGAAGUAAACACCGUUGAGUGAAUCACAACAAAUUCAUCUCGGUGAACUGAAGUCAUUGGACUGACGUAACAUUUUGCUAUAGGUAAUUGUAAUCUGCUAAUGUAACAUCAAAUAAAAAAAAAGAAAUGUCAAAACCGGCUGAUCUCAUCAGCUGACUGUUCUUGAUCAAAACUACAAAAAGAAUGGCGAAAGUUGAAAGUUUUGUGUUCUUCGACUUAGAAACCACAGGAUUGCCAUGGCAAGAGAAAAACCGGACGAAAAUUAUCGAGUUCAGUUUCGUAGCUGCUCUUAGAAAAGACCUGGAGACUGCUUUAUUUGGAGAAAUUCCUCCUGUAAGAAAACUUACGUUCCUUCUGAAUCCUGAAAGGCCGGUAGAUCCGGUGGUUACUCAAAUGACCGGGCUUAGUAAUGAUAUGCUACGACACGCUCCUACAUUCGGCCAAAUGUUAAAAAAAUUGGUAGCAUUUGUCGAAGAUUUACCACCACCGGUAUGCUUAGUAGCGCACAAUGGGAAUGCAUUUGACUUCAAAAUCUUAUUGGCAGAAUGCAAAGAUAUCAAUGCCUCUUUACCGGCCCACUUACUAUGCGUAGAUUCUUUGCUGGGAUUCAGAAAACUUUUAAAAGGAACUAACAUAAACUACAAAGAUCUGCAAAAUCAAAUUCCUACAUCAAGUCUUGAUGACUUAUUAACUGAUGAUGAUGACGACUGGCCAGAUUUGAAUCUGAGCAAAGAGGACUGGAGUGAAAUUGACGAUAUAUGUCUGUCUAUGUCCGACAUCUCCUGUGAAGAUUUUGAGCAAGACGAACAAGAGGAGAAGAAAAUAAAAAUCAACAAAACAAUUCAGAAGAAACGCAGUGAAGCGAUUAAAAAUGUGUUUAGUAAUAAUAGAACACCUAAGAAGGUGUUGAGUAAAAAAUCAACUACUAUUAAAAAUUCUAACACUGUAAAAGAUGACUAUAAAUUGACUACUUUGUAUAAAAGACUGUUAAAUAAGGAAGAAGUCAAUGCCCACAGAGCAGAAGCAGAUUGCCUAAUGCUGGCUCAAUGUGUAGUAGCUUUAAAAUAUGAGUUUUUGCCUUGGGCUGAUAGAAAUUCUAAGCCUUUGUCAGAAAUUAAACCCCUAAUAAGAUAUUAAGGUUGAAUUAAUCUUUGCUUAAUCAUAGUUUAAGGGGGACUUGUUUAGUUUUCCAAUUUGCUUUUUGAUCUCUAUUGAGUACAUAUUUUUUAUAACAGAUAAUAUUUUUGCAAAGGGCAUGAUAAAUAUAUUAUAAAUGCUAAUAAUGAAUGUAUAUUCGAUUCUUAGUUAUAGAGUUUAAUUAUUAGUGUGAUUUAUGAAUGAUUGUGACUGUUGAGUUGAAUACUUUUUAUCAUCAUUUAUUUUGUACCUGUAAGGAUUGGGAAACAGGACUUAUUGUAAAAUCAUGUAGUUUGUAAUGGGCACACAUUCAUUUUAAGUUUAGUUCGAAACUUAAGUCUGCUCUAAAACUAAUUUAAAAUUAAGUUCUUUCUAUUGACAUUUUUUUAUAAGUAAUAAAUUGUACAAGGUGACUGUUAAACUAGUCAUGUACCUAUAUAUU